AUGUCCGCCUGGGGUGCCAACGCAAAAUCAUGCAAGUCUCUGUUGGAUCGAGUGGAGCGCAAUGAUGCCGGUCUGACGGAAUUAUUCAUUCUCCCCACCAAGACGUUUGGUGGAGAAGAGGUUGAUAGGUUGGCUCAAAUAAUUGAGAAUGGAAUCAACACACAUUUGAAAAAACUGAGUGCAUCUGGUCACAAGGUUCCCAAUGAGUCACUGUACAAGCUGGGAAAGGCCAUUGCAAGUGCUGCCGCCAAGAAAACAGCCGCUCCAACGUCACUGGCCAUUGGCGAUCACACCCUGGGACACACUGGAAUUCUAGCUUUUACCAAGGGUAUUCGAGAAUGUGGAGGAAUCACAGAUUUGGAAGAUAUUGAUUGGAGUUGGAAAGGAAUUGGAAGCAGUGCCUUCGAGAUGAUUCUGGAGGUUUGUGGAACAAAAUCCAGCCCAAAGCUGCGGGUUUUGAAUCUAAGCCGCAAUGAGAGUAUUGGCGAGCAAUCAACCGAAAAUCUUUCCUUUGCGGCAUUCUUGACACAUUUGCAAGUGCUCGACUUGUCAACAUGUGGAUUGUCCGGUGAUUUCCUUACCCAAUUCUUGGUAACACCCAAAGGGGUACAGCCAAAUUUGAAACAACUCAAUCUACACGACAACCCAAUUGGGGCGACUGGAUGGAAGGCCAUUCUACCUCUCAUGACUCGUGAUUCCUCCUGCUUGGAGGUCCUCAAUCUGUCCAAAUGCCAAAUUGACAAUGAUGCCAUGAGCGAACUUUCAACUUGGUCGUCGAAAUCAUCCAACAGCAAUCUGCGUAUUCUUGACCUUUCGGAUAACGAAUUGUCAGCAGCUGGGAUAGAAAUCCUCUCGAAGGAACUCUCUGUGUUUCCCAAUCUGGUGGAACUGAACUUGGCUGGCAAUGCCAUUGGCGAACAGGGAGUCCAACAGUUAGCCAUGGCCCUGGAAGCCCGUCAUACACCGCAACAACAAGGCUGUUGUUGCCCACUGAAGAAGCUGGACUUGUCCAGAACACAGUGUGGCCAUCAAGGGGCCAUGGACAUGAUCUCUCGUGGUAGACUGCAAUCUCUGCAUUUGUUCCACAACGAAUUGGGCUCCGAUGGCUUUACUGCUCUUGCGUCAACACUUCAAGGCGGUCAUGCAACGCUGGAAUAUCUUGACCUGGGGGGAAAUGGAGCAAAGCAAGAUGCAGUUGUAGAGUUGCUCAAUGCGUUGACCAACAAUCCAAUGGAAAAUAGCUGCCUCAAAGUGUUGGUGGUGGGUGGCAACGAGGGAGGGGAUGGAGUGGAGGAAGCUGCUGCCCGAGUCGGACAAGUUCAUCCCGCUCUCGACAUUGCUCGGGACAAGAAAGCACAGCGUCAAGCGGGCUAA